AUGUCAACAAUAGCCACCCCCCGCGACCCCCCCCGUCGAAUCCCCUCCUCCUCAAACCUCUACACCCCCACCACCUCCGCCCGCCCCUCCCUCGACAUCAACCCCCCCUCCACCUCCCUCCCCAGCUCCCCCAACCUCUCCAUCCCCACCAACCAACCCCCCAAACGCUCCCGCGCCGCCCUCCGCGAAUACUACAACCUCCGCACCACUGUCCCUUCUAUAACAACCACCACCACCUCCUCCCCCCCUUCCCCCCCGCCAGCAUCAACCCCCGCCUCAAUCCUCGACUCUUCCUCCUUCUCCCCCACGCAGUACCUAACCUCCCUCCUCGAGUCCUCCUCCCUCUCCUCCCUCCUCCACACAUACACCCGCCUCCUCUCGGAAAUCCGCGCCCUCGACGCCGAAAAAAAGGCGCUAGUCUACAACAACUACUCCAAGCUCAUUACCGCCACUGAAACAAUCCGCAAAAUGAGAACAACGAUGGAUCCGUUAAACCCAAUGGCGGGCACGAUAGAUCUUGUUGUGGGGAGGGUGUACGACAUGGCUAGGGGAUUGAGGGAGGAGAUGAGAGAGCAUUGUGGUGGGGAGCAGGGGAGACGACAAGGGGGUGGUGGGAUGGAUAGAAAAAAGAAGACGAAAGAGUUGGUGAGGGAGGUUUAUAGGGGGAUGGAGAGGAUGAGGGGGUUUGUGCAGCAGGGGGACCGGCCGCAAGCGGAGAAGGAGUGGGAACUGCCGAGGAGGUUGUUGGUUAAAUGGCAGGAGAUGGGGGUGGGCGGGAAAGAGGUCAGAGAGUUGUUGAGAGAGGGGGAUGGGAUUUUAAAGGGGGGGGACAAUGGUGAGGACGGGAGUGAUUAG